CUUCAUCAAUCUCUUUCGUCCCUUGCCAGAACAUUUAAACAUGAUAAUCCUUGCAAUUCUUUUGGGCUUGAGCCUAGCUUAUUUGAUGCCACACCAAGUUGAUGCUCAGACGCAGACUGAUCCCACAGAAGGGUUCAAAUCGCUUCCGCUGACUCAAUCCAACUUCGCCGUGCAAAGGCCGUACGACGUGCCGGUAGAUCAGAGAUACAGCUUCAAAGAUGGAGUGCACAAGCUGUGGGUGUUCGACACCGACAAGCCUCACUCCACCACAAGCGAAACCAAGCCACGCACCGAAAUCCGUAUAAGGGGAUAUGACUAUUCCUCCGGAGUGUGGCAAUUCGAAGGGCAAGGAUACGUGCCAGGCGGAACAUCGGGUGUCUGCGUUAUGCAAGUUUUUGGGGCCGUCGGUCAGGCCACGACUUUCGUACUCCGCGUCUACAACGGCACAUUGUAUUACUACGGAAGCCAAGUCUUGGUCGAGAAUGUCUACGACAAAUGGUUCAAGCUCAACGUGAUACACGACGCCGACGCCUCCAAUGUGAAGAUCUACAUCGAUGAUCAACUUAGGUUUUCAGCUCCGGGCCAUGGUAGCGGGGCUUCGCACUACUUUAAGUUUGGGGUUUAUGCAAUGGAUGAUUCCUCUCACCGCAUGGAGUCACGGUGGAAGGAUGUUAAGGUUCUCAAGAAAAACUAAUUGAAACGAUGGCUUCGUGUAGCAAGUUUCGCUUGCUUGCUCUGUAAUGGCUCCUCGUAUCGCCUAUACAAAACCAAGAAUAAAUCC